AUGGCGGGGAGCUCCUUUUCCAAUGGGCCCGUCCCGUGGAUGGACAACGCCACCGAGAUAAACAACCUGUACCGAGACCUGGAGAUGGGCACCGUGCUCAACCUCUUCUACUCCAAGAAGUCCCAGCGUCCAGAGAGGAAGAACUUCCAGGUCAAACUCGAAACCAGGACUAUAGUCUGGACCAGAGUCGCGGAUAAAAUAGAGGGAGAAAUCGACAUUCGGGAGAUCAAGGAGAUCCGUCCUGGUCAAAAGUCCAGAGACUUCGAGCGUUGUCUUGAGGACUCCGCGACUCGUGUGGAAGCAGCUCAUUGCUUCGUCAUCCUGUACGGCACCGAGUUCCGCCUCCGCUCCCUCAGUCUGGCAGCCUCAACCGAUGAAGAGAUGUCGAUGUGGGUGAAGGGUUUGAACUGUCUUGUGGCUGACACUCUGAAAUCCCCAACACCUCUUCAGAUAGAGAGGUGGUUACGUAAGCAGUUUUCCGCCGUGGACCGUAACCGGGAGGAUAGGAUUUCCUGCAAGGAUCUGAAGAACAUGCUGAGCCAGGUCAACUACAGGGUUCCCAACAUGCGGUUCCUUCGGGAGAAACUUCCGGACUCUGAAAUAAGAACUGGGGACGUGUCUUUCAGUCAGUUUGCUCAGCUGUAUCGAAGCCUCAUGUUUGACGCUCAGAAAAAUCUGGAGAUCCCAUUACUGCAAAGAUAUAUCGACAAACCAGAGGCAAGGAUUUCCCUCGAAGAAUUCCAUAACUUCCUCUAUGAACAACAGAAUGAAUCAUGGGCCUCAGACAACAACAAGGUGCAGGACUUUAUGGUCAGUUACUUGAAAGACCCACUGCGAGAAGUGGAGCAGCCGUAUUUCUCUCAGGAAGAGUUCCUGACAUACCUGUUUUCCAAGGAGAAUACCAUCUGGGACGUGUCCUUGGACCAGGUGCGUCCUGACAACAUGAACAACCCCCUGUCCCAUUACUGGAUUUCCUCCUCCCACAACACCUAUCUGACGGGAGACCAGUUUUCCAGUGAGUCCUCCCUGGAGGCGUACGCGCGCUGUCUGCGUAUGGGCUGCCGCUGCAUUGAACUGGACUGUUGGGACGGUCCGGACGGUAUGCCCGUCAUCUACCACGGACAUACACUCACCACAAAGAUCAAGUUUUGUGACGUCCUCCACACCAUCAAGGAGCAUGCCUUUGUCACAUCAGAAUAUCCCGUCAUCUUGUCCAUCGAGGACCACUGUAGCAUCGUGCAGCAGAGGAACAUGGCCACGUUAUUUAAGAAAGUCUUCGGGGAAAUGCUGCUGACCAAAGCGGUGGACAUCGCCGCUGAUGGCCUUCCGUCUCCAAAUCAACUCAAAAGAAAGAUCCUGAUCAAGCAUAAGAAACUCGCAGAGGGCAGCGCUUACGAGGAGGUGUCCACUUCCACCCCAUACUCUGAGAACGACAUCAGUAACUCUAUCAAAAAUGGCAUCUUGUAUCUGGAGGACCCCAUUAAUCAUGAGUGGUACCCGCAUUUCUUUGUCCUGACAAACAGCAAAAUCUACUACUCCGAAGAAACCACCAAUAAUCAAGGAAAUGACGAUGAGGAGGAGCACAGGGAGGUGUCAAAUGGAGUUGACCAACAUGUGACAGAGAAAUGGUUCCACGGUAAACUCGGGGCUGGUCGUGACGGGCGCCAGAUCGCGGAGCGACUUUUGUCGGAGUACUGUCUGGAGACUGGCGCCCCAGACGGCUCCUUCCUGGUUCGGGAGAGUGAGACGUUUGUGGGGGACUACACGCUGUCAUUCUGGCGCUCAGGACGGGUACAACACUGUCGAAUCCACUCGAGACAAGAAGCUGGUUCCCCAAAGUUCUACCUAACAGACAAUCUGGUGUUUGACACCCUCUAUGCACUCAUCGGCCACUACCAACUGGUGGCGCUACGCUGCAAUGAGUUUGAGAUGAAACUGACUGAGCCAGUGCCACAAACCAAUGCCCACGAGAGCAAAGAGUGGUACCACGCCAACCUGUCGAGGAGCCAGGCUGAGAACAUGCUGAUGAGGGUCCCACGCGACGGCGCCUUUCUCGUGAGAAAAAGAGCAGAGCCGAACUCCUUUGCCAUAUCCUUCAGAGCGGAGGGGAAGAUAAAGCACUGUCGCGUGCAGCAGGAGGGGCAGAACGUGGUGCUGGGAACCUCUGAGUUCGACAGCCUCGUGGACCUCAUCAGCUACUUUGAGAAACAUCCGCUCUAUCGCAAGAUGAAGCUCCGCUAUCCAAUUAACGAGGACACACUGGAAAAGAUAGGCACAGCUGAGCCUGACUACGGGUCGCUGUACGAGGGGAGAAACCCUGGGUUCUAUGUUGAGGCCAAUCCAAUGCCGACUUUCAAAUGCACGGUUCGAGCUAUGUACGAGUAUAAAGCUCAGAGAGAUGACGAACUCUCCUUCGUGAAGAAUGCCAUCAUCACCAACGUGGACAAACAGGAAGGAGGCUGGUGGAAAGGUGACUGCGGAGGCAAGAAGCAGCUGUGGUUUCCUGCCAACUAUGUGGAGGAACCGACGACCGCGGAGCCAGACAGAGUUCAGGAGGUCACCGAAAACAGCCCCCUGGGAGAUCUGCUCAGAGGAAGUGUGGACGUGUCAUCCUGUCACAUUGCGAUCCGGCCUGAAGGCAAAGGCAGCCGCUUGCACGUCUUCUCCCUGGCUCCCAAUCCCUCCAUGAGACAGGGCCCAGUGCUGGACGUUGCCGCCAACAGCCAAGAAGAACUCACUCAGUGGGUCCUGAAGAUCCGGGAGGUGGCCAUGACCUCGGAGGCCAAGUUGGAGGAGGGGAAGAUGAUGGAAAGAAGGAAGAAGAUUGCACUGGAACUUUCUGACCUGGUCAUUUACUGCAGACCUGUGCCUUUUGAUGAAGACAAGAUAGGCACGGAGCGAGCCUGUUUCCGAGACAUGUCCUCCUUCCCUGAAACAAAGGCUGAGAAAUAUGUCAACAAAAUCAAGGGGAAGAAGUUUUUGCAGUACAAUCGUUUACAACUGUCCCGGAUUUACCCUCGAGGCCAAAGACUCGACUCGUCCAACUACGACCCGCUGCCCAUGUGGCUCUGCGGUUCUCAGCUGGUGGCGCUCAACUUCCAGACUGCAGACAAACCGAUGCAGAUGAACCAGGCCUUGUUCAUGUUGAACGGCAGAUGUGGAUAUGUGCUCCAGCCGGCAAUCAUGAGAGACGACACCUUUGAUCCCUUUGACAGACACACGCUGCGGACCGUGGAGCCAAUGUCUCUGCAAAUAGAGGUUUUGGGAGCUCGACAUUUGCCAAAACACGGACGAGGGAUUGUGUGUCCACUGAUAGAGAUCGAGGUGUGUGGAGCGGAGUACGACAGUGCCAAGCAAAAAACGGACUCUGAAGCGGACAACGGCCUGAACCCCACGUGGCCCAGAAAGCCUUUCCAGUUCACUGUGUGCAAUUCCGACUUCGCCUAUCUGCGCUUCGUUGUCUAUGAAAUCGACAUGUUCAACGACCAAAACUUCCUGGCUCAGGCAACAUUCCCCAUUCAAAGUCUGAAGACAGGUUAUCGGUCGGUUCCUCUCAAAAACAGCUUCAAUGAGGAUCUGGAGCUGGCCUCUCUUCUGGUCCACGUGGACAUCUCCAGGGGCAGGGAUGAGAAUGGAGAGGUCCUGAGCCCCUUCCUUCCUGCUGGCUCGUCCCCCGUGUCUCUGACGUCUCACGCUGGACGAGAGCGUUUGGGGGAGUUUGGGUCUGUGUCGUCGCUCUCCUCUGUGUCUGCGGUGCCUCAGUCCCCCGCUCAGGCCCAGGCCAUGGGCUUCAGGGGCAGAGAGGGCUCCUUCGACUCUCGCUACCAGUCUCCUCUGGACGACUUCCGGCUGUCGCAGCAGUCGCUGCUGGAGCACAUGGACUCGCAGAACAGGAGUCGGAUGCUGCGUGGGCCCCGAGUGGGCGGGGAAAACCGCGUCUGA